AAGAAGAAGGCUAGUGAACGCUGUUUGGUAUAGGAGAAACAACAAACAAUGUCUGUUUGUUUUUAACAAAAAUAUUUUAUAUUUCACUCCUAAAUGCAGCAAAUGAUUCUUUUUGAAUGUCGCCCCCCAAGAAAAAAACUACACACACAGUCACUAAGUAAAGGUUAGCGUCGGUGUUGGGGCGCAGUCACCCUGAUCCCGUUCAGCAUUAAACGCGGAUCAGAUACAGCUAACGUGUUCCCGGGUGCUGUGUUCUGCACAGGAUGGAGGAGGAAGCCCGCAGAAACCACUGCAGGAGAAUGAUUUCUCUUAUCCGGAGCAAACAGCAGCACCAGGAGUCCUCGGCAGAGGACAGGAGGAGACAGAAACACAGAGGAGCCAGAGGGAGCCAGAGGACAGAGUGUGAGAAACAAGCUGUGGCCGGGGGCGAGUUUCAGGCUCACAGAGACCAAACCUCUCCCAGCCUCGCAUGCCAAGGCCCCGAAGUCCAGCCCGUCCCCCCUCAACUCAUUUCAAUGCUGAGGCUCAAAACUCUGAAGGAGGAGAUGAGACGGGCUGCAGAGGUGGAGCUCCACGACCCCGCCGCCUGCAGCGUGUGUGAGCAGGAGCAGGCCUCUCUGGCCUUGGAGAGCUUUAUCAGGAGGAAGAGGACACAACUGCGGUUCCAAACACUGAAGGGCAGACUAAACACACCUGAGCUACGGAGAGUGUGCACGUCGGUGAGUUUGUGUGAAAUCUCCCAAAGCCCUUGGAUGCCCCUCGCUGGAUUUGGGAGGAAGCACUUGGUGGAUAUAUGCGGGUCACAGCAACCUGGGGUUGCCUUAGCAACGGCUAAGGAACGUGGAGUUGCCCUGGCAACAGAUGAAAUGAGGGGUUACCCUGACAAAAACGCUACAGGAACUCAUUUAGCAAGCCCUCGCUGUCCUUUUUCAGACAGAUAGCUGCAGACACACAUUAACACAAUGAAAAGGAGAAUGUUGUGGUGGAGUCAAACAUAUUGCUACCGAUUUAUUUUGAUAUGCAGGCAAAACUCGCCUGUUUGUCCAAUAAACACUGGUCCACACGCUGAUGGUUGUGUCUUCGGUUCCGCUCAGCUGCAGCUGUGUUUGUGUUCACACCGUGAAAUAAUAGAGACAAACGUCUAGCCUUUGUUUUGAGUGUUAAAAAAAAGAAAGGACUUGCUAACAAGGUUAGUACAAAACAGCCAUUUAUUUUCUUAUCACUGUAUUAAAGUUAAACACAACACUAUUCAGAGCGAAUGAGUCUGGCCUUUUUUUUCCUCC